CUAAGAUCUUCUACUUCAUCAUAACUAAGAUCACCAUUCACAUAAAAAUGGCUAGCAUGGUCUUUCCUCACGCAUGACUCACAUACCUUCAAUUGAGUCAGUCUACUAUCCACGAUGUCAGCUUUGAGAACCUCAAGAACCCUCUUCCGGAGCCAACUCCGGCCCAUCGCUGGAGUUACGGCCCCACAUCUCCGGCGUACUCAGAUCCGCUUCCUGGGGGGCGAGGGUCUUGGAGGCCCGGGAGGCCAGAAGCCGCCACCACCUAAACCUGGCGGUCCCGAGGCACUGAAACGCAAUUGGGUUCCCAUUGGCGGUGCUCUACUCCUCUUAGCGGGCGUCUCAUACAUCACAUCAGCCGAUAAGCCAGUAAGGCCGAGGGAGGCAGAUCUCACGACGGCAAAUAUCCGUAGAGAUUAGUUCUCUGACGCUGCCAUCUACUACAGGACGGCUCGAGGACAAGGAAAUCCGGGCACUCACUGAGGUGAGUGGCCUGAAAGGAGGAGGGACCAUGAAGCUUUGGGGGAGAAUAACGAAAGCAAUAUCUACAUAUCGUAAAAGUACAUUAAUAAUACAGCAUACUUUGCUGGAUCGGAUACCAAAACAUG